AUGUUGUCGAGAGAAAAUGGAUGUGUGUUUGUGGCGCUGCUCCUGUACCUCUCAGACCUCCAGGUCAAAGUAACUCCUGUUGCAGCAGCAGAGGGACAGAGAGUAACUCUGAUAUGUAGCACCAGCUGUCCUCUGACUGAAAACCCUGCAGCCUACAUCUGGUACAAGAACGGAUCAUUUGUGUACCAGGACUCGUCUCCCUGGUACCAUCAGCUGGUCAGCAGUGAGGAAGCAGUCAGCUACUCCUGUGCUGUCAAAGGCUACGAGGAUCUCAGAGCCGCUGAAGUCUCAGUGGAUUCUGUCACACCGACCUGCUUUAGUGUGACCUAUGCUGGAGGCAGAAUGUGUUCCUCUAAUCAGCGCUGCUCCAUCACAUAUCCCAGAGAGCUACAUGUUGAAGUGACUCCUGCUGCCACAAGUGGACAAUUUGUCACGCUGACCUGUAACAGCAGCUGUAAUGUGACCGACACCAAACCAGAAAACUUCUGGUACAAGAAUGGAGAAUAUCUAAGUUCUGAUCCUCAGCUUAAUGUUUCCAGAUCCUCUGAUGACAGCUACUCCUGUGCUGUAUCAGAUAAUGAGGAUAUCCGCUCUCCUGCAGUGUGUGCUGAUGGUCAAAACUGCUGGAGUGUGAAUUAUGUCAGCAGGAGAAUCUGUGCUCUGGAAGGCUCUUCAGUGGACAUUUACUGUAAUUACUCAUAUCCCAGUGAUAAGACAUUCCAACCUACAGAUUGGUAUAAAACAAGUGGAAUGAAACCUGAAAUCCUGAACAACGCUGCACCUCAUGUGGAGUAUGAUGACAACAUGAACCAAAACAUCAUGAGAAUCAAAAACCUGACAAAAAGUGACUCAGCAGAAUACAAAUGCUACAACAGUUACACAAAAUGGUCAUACUCUCGUUUUCCAGGAGUGACUUUAGUCGUGACAGGCCUGGAAGUGGUGGUGACUCCCUCAGAGGACCAGAAAGUAACGCUGACCUGUAGUACCAGCUGUCCUCUGACUGACAACACCUACAUCUGGUACCACAACGGACGACCUCUGACUCUGGCAGAGGGCCAACACAAACAGCUGGUUCUAGACUCAGUCAGCGCUCAGCAUGCAGGAAAUUACUCCUGCGCUGUGAGGAGCCACCAAAACAUCAAGUCCCCUGAGGAGACCCCCACUGUCAGAGGGCCAUCAUGGACAUUAGCAGCAGCUGCAGGAAUUGCUGCUGCUCUGCUACUUGUCAUACUCCUUUCCAUCUUCCUGUGGAUUAGAAGAAAAAGGACCUCGACUCAAACCCCUGGACCUGAAGCACAAGAAGACACAGAGCAGUUAAACCACCCGCCUGUGCACAGCAGCAUCUCUGCCGUGGGACAGGAGCCGAUCCGUGCAGCUCAGAGCAAACCAGCUGAGCAGGAUGAGCUUCACUACAGCACCCUACACUUCUCUAAGAAAAAUCCCCUGUACUCCACCAACCAGCUGUCCCAGCCCCAGCUCCAGCCCCAGCCCCAGCCAGAGGAGGAAGUCCAGUAUGCUGCUGUCAACAUUCGCAGCGCCGACAUCGUCCCCAGGUUCACUGUAUCAACAGGAGAUGAAUACUGCACAGUACACAAAAAAACCAAGAACAAAAAAUGAGCACCAUAAAGAGCAGUGUACAUAUGCAGUGUACGAAGAGUGUGUUAUAAAGUGAGAGAGCAAGAGGAAGGGAAAGAGUGAGGGUUUCCCCUUGUAACUGUUGACAUGGCAGCAAGGAUUCUCAACUUACAUAUGAUCCUUUGUGUUUUGUAUCUUUGUAUAUUUUGAAUAUUUUUUGUGUGCACCUCUUCUCUCAUGCGUGUUCCUAUCAUUUCUUAUUGAUGCACUUGUGUGUGUUUUCAUAUUUCUAUGUGGCUUGUGUUGUGGACGUGUUGUGUAAACAUUGGA